UCUUCAAUUUUGAAGUAACGUUACGUUAACAAGGUCAACAACGAUGGCUGCGGUUUUAGUGAAAAAUUUUAGAUACAUAUACACAAGUUCAUCAUUAAAACGUUUGAUUCAUCAACCUCGUUUUCAAAACCUAAUAAUUUCUGGCAGUAUUUUAGUUUACAAGAAGCCAAUAAUACACUUUAAGCAUUCUAAAAAUUAUGUCUCAGCUGCUAGAUCUAAGUUGAAUACCAGUACCGCUAACAAUAACAAUGCUAAAGACGGCAAUGAAAACGAUCUUAGAAAAAAACCACAUUGCAACAUUGGAACAAUAGGGCAUGUUGAUCAUGGCAAAACAACCCUAUCGGCAGCUAUCACAAAAGUUUUAUCAGAAUCAAACAGUGCCAACAACAAAUUUGUAUCUUAUGAGUCUAUCGAUAGAGCCCCAGAGGAAAUUCAGCGUGGGAUAACUAUAAAUUCUGCACACAUUGAAUAUGUUACACAGAACAGACAUUAUGCUCACACGGAUUGCCCAGGUCAUAUUGACUAUGUUAAAAACAUGAUAACUGGUACCUCACAAAUGGAUGGAGCAAUUCUUGUUGUUGCAGCUACAGAUGGAGCCAUGCCACAGACAAGAGAACAUCUACUGCUUGCUAAACAAAUUGGACUUCAACAUAUAGUAGUGUUCAUAAACAAAGCAGAUGCAGUUGACAGUGAAAUGGUUGAACUAGUUGAAUUAGAAAUGAGAGAUUUACUCACAGAGUUUGGCUUUGAUGGUCAGUCAUGUCCAGUAAUUUAUGGAUCGGCUUUACAGGCACUUAAAGGAGAAAAUCCAUCACUGGGUAAAAAUAAAAUUGUUGAGCUUCUUGAUGUGAUUGAUAAAUUUAUUCCAACGCCUCAGAGAAAUAUAAAUGAACCUUUCUAUAUGCCAAUUGAGAAGUUAUUAUCAGUUCCAGGUAGAGGUACUGUUGCCAUAGGGACCAUUAAAAGAGGAAUUAUUAAAAAAGGUGAUGCUGCUGAGAUAAUUGGAUAUGGAAAUGAAAUCAAGACAGUUAUUACAGAUUUGCACGUCUUUGGUAAAUCUGUCAAGGAAUGCAUUGCUGGUGAAAACAUUGGAGCUUUGUUACGUAAUGUGAAGGAUGAAACUCUUCUACGAGGUAUGAUUCUUGGUGCGCCAAAAACAUUAAUCCAGAGGAAUGCAGUGAAAGCCCACCUGUAUUUGCUGAAAAAACAGGAAGGUGGCCGUGAGCGCCCUAUAACGAACAAUUACAUUCAGAUGAUGUACAGUAAUACGUGGAACAUUUCAUCUUGCGUACGUCUACCAGAAAAUGUGACUAUGUUGAUGCCUGGAGAAGCUUCUCAAGCUGAAAUACUAAUGAGGUUGCCCAUGGUUGUAGCCCCUGGUCAAAGAUUCACCAUACGUGAAAAUAAUUUGACUACUAUUACGGGAAUGAUCACAGACAUUUUGCCAGAUUCAGAGAUAAAAUUAAAAGGCUUCAAUGUUGAGAAACAAGUCAGACAUAGAAUUCAGGGCAAUGCCCAAGUCACCAGAAGUUCCAGAUUAAAAAGGCAAAGAUUAAAUAAAACAGAUUAACCUAAAGAGACUCAUUUUUAGAAGCUUUGUUGUUAAAGGUCAUUUAUUAUUAUAUAUAUUUUGUAAUAAUUAUAAAUUAGUCUUCGUUAAUGUUAUUUCAGUUUAUGGCAAAUCCAUGAUACUUGGAUGAAAUUGUUGUCUACUUUUUUACUUAACAAAAAGUAUUACCAAUGUUUAUUCUGGUAAACUAACCUUAGGAUAAUUAUAUUUGUCUAAAUAAUUUUAUUUGAAAGCUUUAUUGCUGCUCUAGUUACUGAGUACAGUAUGUGAUAAAUAACUUCAAUUAAUUAAAUACAAAAUGAGAUUUUUUUUUCAAUCUUAAUAGACUGUUAGAAUUCCUGGAGGUGUAAAUUUCAAAUCUGUGGCAUUUUAGGUCUCGAGGGACAAUCUUUUGCCUUUGCAACUUCUUGUGUGACUAAAGAGGCCAAUCCUUGUUAAACAGCUUCCAUCACAGGUUGGGCAUAUCAUAUGUAAUCACCAGACGGCGUUGCAUUUUCACCCUUCUUUCUACAUAUCUACAAUCCGGGACCCUUCCUUAAUGUUCAUUCUCCAUACAAUGGAUCUAUCCAGUGCCACUUUUUCCCAGCUUCUAGUGUCGAUUUUGAAGAGCUUCAAAUAUCCUUACAGGAAAUGAAUAGAAAAAAAUGAUUUAUAAAUUAUUAUUAUUUUUUUUUUAAAUUUGCUAUUGAAAUUAUUGUACCUUGUAUUGUAUUAAUAAUUUAUUUAGCUUUUUAGUUAGAAUAAAUAAAUAAAUGCAUAUUAUUUUUUAGUAUGUAUACAUCCAAAUCAUUAUAAGGUACCACUACUUCUGUACACUGUAUAUUAUCAGUACCGGUACAUAAAUAAUGACCUUCUACAACAUAGCGGAAUUUAUGUGUAUAUAAAGGGUAUAUAUUUAAAAAAAACAAAGAAGAAAUUUUUAUUAACACUAGUACAAGUCUCAAGAACUGCUACUGGUACUAACUGAUGACAUCUAAAAAAAAAUAUUCAACCAUAUUUAGAAAGUUGUGCAAUUAUAAUUUUCUUUUGAAAUUCUUUCAUCAUUAACCGGUACCACCAAUUUUGUGGUCUUGAUGGCCAAGCAGUAAUACACUUGGGUGGCUAUUGCAUUUGAAGGUCUGGCUUCUUCAACCAGACCCACAGGAUUUCUUGAAUCUUUGGAGGAGAUAUACAAAGUCAAAGGUCAUUGUGGUGCUAACAUAUUCAUUAACAGAGAUGUUUGAGUUGUUUUUCCACUAGAGAAGCCAUAUUGGAACUAGACAUAAGAAGUGACUUGAUUACUACUAUUUUUUUUUUUAUUGAAGGUGAUAUUUUUUUUAUUUUAAGAUAAUUUCUGGUCAUUGAAUACACUUGAAGUAAAAAAACUUGAUCUUAUUGUAACAAUAAUUUUUUUUAGUUUGGUAAUACAGAUAUGUUUAAAAAAAAUUA